AUGUCUCGGGCAUCUCUUCGCCUCUUUCUCUCCAAUGCUAAAAGACAUGUAUCACAAUGCCUAUCCGGGGGAGGCGAGCACCACCUCUCCUUCGUCAUCGGAAACCAAUCUGCCGACCUGGACUCCAUUACUUGCGCUCUAGUCUAUGGCUACCUUCAAUCUUUCACAGCCCAAACAGCCAAAACGCAAGGAUACAUCAUCCCAAUCACAAACAUCCCCUCGCGCGACUUACGCCUACGUCCCGAGCUCACCGCUUUACUAAAGAACGUCAAUUUGAAACCCUCGGACUUGAUCACUCUCGAUGACUUGGGGAAUUUGCACGAGUCUCUCCCGUCGGAUCGAACAGACUGGACACUCGUGGAUCACAAUGCCUUGUUAGGAGAGCUUGGCAAGCACUACUCCAAACGAGUCAAAGCCGUCAUCGACCACCACGACGACGAGAAGGCUGUGCCGCAAGAUGCAUCACCCCGGAUUAUAGAAAAGAGCGGAAGCUGCUGUAGUCUCGUUGUCAACUCUUUCCGCAAUGUCUGGGAUUCUGCAUCGACAUCAUCAACGGAUACUCGUACUGGUGAUAUCGAGCCCGAAGAAGCAGAUGCCCAAGUCGCCCUUCUCUCGCUCGGACCAAUUUUAAUCGACACAGUGAACCUGAGAUCCGAGGACAAAACCACACCUCACGACCGCCAAGCCGUCGACUAUCUAGAAUCCAAAAUCAACUCUUCCCGCAAACUGCAUCAGACAUACGAGCGGGACGCGUUCUACAAUCAACUCAACGAUGCAAAAUCCAACCUGGACGCGCUCACGUUACCCGAGAUCCUGGAGAAGGACUACAAAGAGUGGCACGAGGGCGAUCUUACUUUGGGCAUCAGCUCUUCUGUCAAGUCAAUCAAGUAUCUGAUGGACAAGGAUGCAAACUUCACCAACGUACUACUGGAGUUUGCGAAAGGGAAGAAGUUGGAUCUUUUCGCAGUCAUGACGGCACAUAACGAGUCUGAUUCUUUCGCACGCCAGCUGCUUUUGUUGGCUGUGAGUGAGAACAAGGCCAUAGAUGUUGCUGAGAAGUUCGUCACGGCAAACCAAGGCGACCUGAAGCUGGAAGAAAACGAUCCUGGACUCGAGGCUUCUGGCUCGAAAUGGAUCAAGAUCUGGCAGCAGGGUAAUUUGGCUGCAAGUAGAAAGAAAGUCGCGCCUGCUUUAAGGAAAGUAAUGUAA